AUGAACUCUUAAAAUAAUUAAGCAGGAAUUUUUGGGAAUCCAUAGAGCAAUCUGUUUGGCUAAACAUCAAGCACAUCAGCAGCCAUUUUUAAUUCAAAUGGAUAGACGUAGAAUUAAGGGGCUAUCUUUAAUUAAUAGAGUAAUAUGGGUGGAGCUUAGUAAGCAGCAUCAGGAGCUCAACCAUCAUCCCUCAAUAUAUUUGGGAGUGCAUAGCCGAGUGGAAAUUUGUUUGGAAACAAUGCUCCAAAUAAUAACAAUAUUUUCUCAGCAACAUAAGCAGGAGCCUAACCUCCUUAAUAGUAACAACCACUAUUUGGAGGUGCAGCUCCUUAACCAAAUUAAACAGGAUUGAGUGGUUUAGAUUCUCUUUCAUAAUAACCAUUGGGUGGUCAACCACCAUAAGCAAAUAACAAUUCUACGGGUUUGUUUCCAAGUCUAAAUCCUAAUCCAUUGGCUUAACCCACUCAACCAAAUACAGCCUAGCCAAUAGCAACUAACCCCACAGGUUUAGGCGCAUUUAAUAAUGUCACUUCAACUGGAUUAGGAGCAGGGACUACUCAGAGUAUUGGAUAAGGUGCAACAAGUGGAGGAUUGUUUGGAUUAUAACCAAAUAAUGCUUAGCCAUCUUUAAAUAACAAUAAUUUUAUAGCUUCGUAAAAUCCGGCAUCAGCUCCUUUAAACCUCCAAAACCCAGCCUCAGCACCUCCCACUUCAAAUCCUUUAGGCACAACAACACUAGGCACAAAUCAAGCCUAACCUAGUCAACCUUAGGCAAGUCCAUUGGGCACUUCAAAUAAUUUAUUUACUAAUCCAACCAGCAGCCUAUAAAAUUUGACACAACCUUAAUAAUAGCAAACAACAAGCUCAAAUUGGAUGACUUAACCAUCUACAAAACCACCAGCAUAACAACCCACAUAGCUAACAGCAUAACCACCAACACAACCAUCAGCAUAACCACCUGCUUAACCAAUAGCUCAACCACUACCAGCUUAACAACCAACUACCUAACAGCCAUCCACCUAAUAACCAACAACAACUUAAACUACACCAAGCAUCAUCUAAAUUGGAACAUAACCAAAUUAGUAAUCAACCGUCUAAUAACCGCAACAAUAAACUUCAUCAUUAUUAUAACCUACACAAUAAUAACCAUUAGUUCCAUAGACUACGCAAUUAUCUCAAUAACCCCCAGCAGCUCAGUAGUAACCAGCAAGUUAACCCCCACCUUAAUAAAAAUUAUAAUUACCCCUUUCUAAAAAUAGAGAUUUUUAUAAAAUUAUGGAAGUUUUGAAUUGUAGAGAUGAUAUUAAAAUUUAGAGUCUAUUUAAAGAAGAUGAUAAUUUAUAUAAGAUUAUGAUCUAAGGAUCUAAUUGGUUUUCAUUUUCAGAUAAUAAGGUCUAACUUCAAUCAGAUACCCCUUUUGAUUAGGAAAUUAGAACCAAAUGUUUUGAUAACAAGAUUAAAAGUGAAGUUUAUUACGUCUUAAAAGACAGCUUGUAAGCAUCAAGAGUUAAGAUAUUGAAUGAUCAAUUCUAAAGAAAAUAGAAAGCACCAGAAAAAAGUAAGUUUUUUGAAAAUGAAAUUAAAAAGUUCUAACAUAUAUUUUUUAAUCAUUAUGCUGAACAAAGGUCAUAAUUGGUUGCUGGAUUAAAAUUAAUGCUUGUUAACUUAAUCGAAGACGAUGAUGUUGGAAAACCUUCAAAAUUUUUAAAUGAUAUGUUUAAGAGAGGACUUAUUGAGGGAUUGGCCAAUUCAUUUUUGAGUGUGCCUGCUGCCUUAAAUUUCUACUUAAAGCAAGAAUACUUUUCAGAAGAAUACACCUUUUAGACUUUACAACAUUUCGUGUCAGAAUAAACACAAAUCCUUGAGAUAUUCACAAUUUUAUAGCGCUACUUUAAAAUUGAUAGAUUUGAAGAAUUAUAUGUCAAACCCGUUUAGAAACUCAUAGAGAACAUGAAAACCACUCAAUUCCUAGGAUUGUUCCAUAAAAAUGAACAUCUAGUAUUCUAAGAGUAUAGUCCUUUAGCAUCAAAACUAUAGGAGGAAUACAAAAAAAUAGCAUUCGUUUUCGUUUUAUCUUUAUGCAUCAGACCUUUAUAUUAGGAAAUAGAGGCUGAGGAAGAGGAAUAUCCUCUUCCUCCCUUAUGGAUUAACAAGGUUGAAGCAAUAAAGUAAAUACAGCCAGAUUAUAUUCAAAAGAUCUUUUAGAUUGCAAUUAUCUUGUAGGAGGGUAAAGAUGUCUAAAAUUAAAAUGAUUACGAGAUUAGUUUGAGAUACUUCGAAGAAGUACUUAGAGUAUUGGAAAAUGCCUCAAUAAAUAGCCAUUUUUGGAGUUCUGCGUGCACUUGUAUAUAUCAAUGGAUUAGAUGUUACAAGAAUAAAUAUUAAGAAGAUGAGUAUGAUGAUGAAGUUGAACUCUUAUCAAAGAUAUUUUCAAUUCUGUUACAAUUACCUUCCUUAUGGGAUAUGUUUUAUGUCCUUGUUAAAAAAAUUGAUACAACUGAACAAAUCAUCUUUGAUAGAUUGAAUAAAUUGAAAGUCUUCCGUAAGAUUAAUUAAAAUGAGACCCUGGAUUUAUUGGCAGACGAUCACAAUCAAUUCCAAAGCUUACACAAUAUGAUACGGGAUUUCUCUGAAGGGAAAUUGACAAAUAAUCUUUAUAAAUCAUCUGAUUUCUUAGGUAAAAGUAAUAGAGCUUCUAUGGAUUAUUACAAUGAGUAAAAUAAAUUGAAAAACAAGACAUUGUCAAUGGGUAUAGACAAUUUAGGAGUGAGUGUUUACAAAUUUAAGCAUGCAAUUAAAUUCAUUAAGGGUGAAGUAAAAAAAUAAGCUACAUCCAUUAAAAGAAUUGCUUUAUUAUGCAGUUCAAAUAACAUCAAUAGAUAGAUCCUUAAAGUAACAUCAGAAUGUUCAAGAUUGAUAGAUUUAAUUAUUGAUACUCAUAAAGAGGAAGAGAAAGCUAUUCAACUAAUCAAUAACCUAUUAACAAUAGGAUCAGAAGCCAUAUAGAUUAUCAAUUUUAUAUUAGAAGAUCCUAUGCUUUAAAAAGAGAUGGCUGAGGAAAUAAACAAAUUGUCUACCAAUGAAUAAUAAAUUUAGAGAUAAUAAGGAUUCUCUUAUCAUCCAUUAUUUGAGCUGUUCCAUAUAGCAAGGAAGUGUUAAGCAUCUUAUUAAUUCAAGGUUAAGUAAGUCAUUAGAAUUCAUUUGAAUUAUGCUUAAUUAUGCAGUGCAAUAUUUGGGUAGGACAAUCCUUUGCAAUUAUUUGAAUAAUAAAACACUAAUCAUUAUUAUCAAUAAACAUAGCAUACUUUUGUGAAAAACACUCUUGAAACCUUCCUAAGAUUUCAAUUAUAGGAGUGGAAAAUAUUCGAGGAGGAUAAGAUGGAAGUCACCAUUGAAUAUUAGUCAAGUAUGUAUCUAGCAUUGCAAAAGAUCUUGAAGAAGUUUUUGUUUUAUCACACCAAAGAAUACAAAGAAACAUAAUUGCAUAGUCUAAUCAAAUAAUAUAUGAAUGAAAUCAAUAGUUAAUUGAUUCUUGAAUUUUUAUUGACGAAUUUAGAUGUUACUUUAACAGACUCCUUUUUUGAAGAUAUUGGAUAAAAGCAAUUAUCAAAUAAUAUUAAUAUGGUUGGGAUUAAAAAUAAGUUGUAUGAACAAGUCAGAAAUUUUGACAAGCUGAAAUUUCAUGUGACUUCAUUAUUGAUCAAUUUACUUGAUUGUUGGAACACUCUUAUUGAUUUAUAUUCCAUCUAUGAUGAAACCUUUAGCAACAAUUUACAAUUAGUUAAGUAAUUACAUUAGUUUUUCCAAGAAGAACAAUAUUUCUUAUAACAGAUAGUCAGCACAUAUCAUCAAGAUAUUAAUGGUUAUGUUAAUAACAGAGUGAAAUUGAAUUUUAUCCAUUCUAUUUUGGGAUUAUUGAAUACAAUAAGUGACCCUUAAAGCAAUUGUUAAGAUCCUCCUGAUUUUGAAGACAUGGAACAAAGAAACUUCAAAUAAAUAUAUGAUGACAUGAAAUUCAAAAAUUAUCAUCAAAUUUUAGACAGGAACUUACCAUAACAAAGUACGAUAUUCACAAGUGCAUUGCGUUUGUUGUCAAAACCAUUAUUGAACUAUAAUUUGGAAUAGAGCAUAACAACAAUAGAAACAGAGGAGAAUUAAUUAUUAAAUAAGAGAAUACAUUAUCAUCAUUUAAUCUUUUAGAGUCUUCACACUAUACUAAAUAGACUAGAUAAGAGAUGUUAUUUAAUUGAAAAAUAGGAAAUAUUGGAGUUCUUAAUAAUCAGUCUUGAAAAUAAUUAAUCAUUUAUGCAAUACAUUCUCAAAUCCUAAAAUCCAAAUCUAAGUUCAGGCAUCAAGUACAUAUUAGAAUUAUUCCAAAAUAUAUUUGGUUAUGAUGAUGAAUUAGAAUAAGAUUAUAGAAUACCAAUGUUGGUUUUAGUAUUCUUUCAUUAAGUUCUGUGUGUAAAUUAAUCCAGAUAUCAAUCAUUUGCAAAAGAAUGUAGGACAACUUAUGCCUCAUUAUUGCUUAAACUAUGCAAAGAGGUUUAAUUUUUUUUAAAUAAAAAAUGUGAAAAAUUAAUUAAAUUUUUAUCAAACCAGAAUGCUAAGUUAUAUAUUACUAGAGAAACAGGAACAGCAAUAGAAUAAUGUGUCAUUGAGAAUUGUAUUUUAGAUUCAAUAGAAGAACUAGUAAUGUUAGAGUAUUUAUUCAAAUUACUUAUAAAUGAAAUGAAAUAAGAAUCAAAGGAAACAACAAAGGCAUUUUCAGAAAUAAUCAAAUCGAUGUUUUAAAAGAACUUCAUUAGAGAGUGGUAUUUGAUACUGAUACAAUUCAGUGACCAUAUUGAAUUUGCUAAAUUCUUAAGACGUACUCCUGUAAUUAAAAGUAAUUUGGUUUUCAAUUAUUUAUCCAAUUACAUUUACAGUUAUGGUCGAGACUUUUAAAUUGAUAGCAACACUGUCAAUUACAUUGGUGGAAAUGCAAUUGCCAUAUAAAAAUCUAAUAUAAUGGCAUCAUGGUUUACUUAACUCUUAUCAACAUUUAAUUAAUUAUCUUAAUUUGUGUAAUUCUUCUUUUCAAUUGGUUUGACAGGAUCUGCUUUUAGUGACAUUUAUUUAAAAGAUUUAUAUGAAGAAAUUGAGCUUGGAGAUUCAAUAUUCUCACCUAAUCAUGGGAAGGAUAUUAUAGAAGGAGGAGUAGUAAAACUAUUUGGUUAGGAAGACAAUUAGUUAAGUGAAACUGAAUAUGCAUUCAAUGCUGCAUUAUAUUUCCUACAAAAAGCAAGUUAAAGCAUUUUUGUACUUGAUACCAUCAAAAUUCAUGAAGAGUUGAUGAUACCAGCCAUAGAAGUAUUAAACCAAAUAUGUUGGUAUACUCAAUAAGUAGUUUGCAAAUAUAAGAGUGUAGUUUCUAAUAAAGAUACAUCCUUAAUGACAUAUGAAAAGCUAAACAAUAUGAGUUAACAUUAAUUUUACUUCUUCAAACGAAUUUUGGAAUUGAAAUCUGUUUGCAAUAAUGAAUACAAAGGAAAAUAUAGGUAAGUGUUGUUCACUUGUUUCCAUUCCGUGUUACUGAUAUUACAAAGUGUGAAAGAAAAUGAAUUGCAAGAGCCUUAAGAUUUGGUGCAAGUCUUCCAUUAUUUCAUAUUGUAAAUCGAUUUCAAUGAUCCAAAUUGUAAAGAACUCAUAGGAUAAUUAUCAUCAAUUCUAUCAGUCAUAUUAAAUGUGUACCCAGCAAAUCCAGAAUUGUUAAAUAAACCAAACGAAGGCUUUUAUAAUAUUAUCAACUUACAACUAGAAGCAUUAAAGAACCAAAAUAAUUCUAAGAUUUUCUAAUCGAUCAUCCAAUGUUGGAUAGACAUAAUCACCUUCAAUAUUUCAAAUAAGAUUGAUGUGAGAUAUUUGAAACAACUCACAUUUAUUGCAGAUGAACAAAUCUACAAUUCGAAUGAGAAUGGCCAAUACAAUCACAAACACUCGAUGUGGUGUCAUGUACUUGUAUUGGUUAGAGAAUUAUUAGCCUAUGAUCAAACUUAAUGUAGAUCAAUAUUGGAAUUCUUGUCUUCUCAUGAAUAAAGAAUGCAUUCUGCAAUCAUUUAAAUUGAUCAAACAUAAUAAUAUUAGUCUCUUCGUCAAUUUACAGAUGUCACUGGAUUAACACUUAAGCACAUUCAAACUUAUUAGUAGAGUUACAUGCUCUUUUUUGAAUUGUCUCAAAUCACUUAAUUCAUGCUUGAAUUGAUCUUAUGCAAAAACAUGAGAUUGCAAUUCAAAAGACAAUUAGACAAGAUUAUCUACACCUUUAUGGGAUAAUACAGUCAGCAAUUAGGAUAUCAUAAAAAACUAAAGUAAUUUUUCCAGAGUUUCAAACCCUACACUUUACUUGAAACCAAACUUAACCAAUUGUUUGCCAAAGCCGAAUCAAUUAAAAGUUCUGAUUAUUUUUCAAUUGUAUAAUCUGCUUAGAUGAUGAGAUAAAAUUAAACUUUCUCUCCUCACAGAACAAUCCAAAGAGAUUAAACAUCCAAUUUCGAUGGAAAAUCAACAUAAGGAGGUGGCUAAAGGUUUAAUCUCAAGAGAGACGUAGAUAAUAUAUCCUUAUUUUAAUACAUCUGUUUGAUCGAAUAUUUAAGAUUCUGUCGUUUCAGCAUUCAGGGUAUUGCAGCUUCGAUGAACAUUUUUGAAGUGGAUCGCAAUUUCUAAUUGGAAGAUAAUGUGUGGAAUAGUUUUGGUAACAACAUUCAGAAUUUCAUUCAAUUCAAUUUUGAUGCAUUUGCAAAUCUUUCCUAGUCCGAAUACAUUAAUAAUUUGAUCAAAAUGCAUCAAUGGCUUUUAAGCAAUUAUGAUUUCCAAAUUUAAUACAACGGACUCUAAUAAUUAUGUGUUUAUCCAACCAAUAGAGAUGAAUUAUUAUAAAUGUUUAUUCAAAACAUAAUUUACGGUUUCUGUGCAGAAUUGUAAUAUUUGCAAUUGAGAGAGGUCCAUAGAAAGAUCAAUUUUAUUAAGGAUUCAUAUAAUAUUGAAAUGAAUUUGACGAAGGAAUUAAGUAAAUACGCUGAAACCCUCAAAGCCAUUCAAUUUGUAAAAUAGAUGGAAUAAUAGGAUUUACUAAAUGAAGUACUGUCUUUUGGGGAAUAUCCAAUCAAUGAAGCUAAUGAUAGCUACUUUAACAGAUGGAAAACUAAAUUUGAUGAGAAAAAUGCAGAAUAUAAAAAAAUAUGA